CCUGAUAACAAGCCGUAUCUUUUUGACUAUCGACUUACAUUAAAUUUAUUUGGUAUUAUUAACGUAGCACUAGCAGAACAACGCCUACUCCCGGUACUUGUCUUUUCUCUCGUCCUCGUCCAAACAAGGAACAAAAAAUGAAGCAUUUUCCCAUGAGUGGCGUUGGUGCACGCGCCUGGUCGUCUCAGUCAACGCGUUUAACCCCCGUUCCUGUACUAGACCAGCUUCUACUCAGCUGUAGAAGAAGGAUCAGCUGUUCCUACGGCUGUAGAAGACGAGAGGACUCCACCUGCUGCGCGACUUCGUGUUCUUGCACGUUUUCCUGCUUAUCUGAUGUUUGAGCAGGUCCUUCCCCGAUGCUAUCCUCUCCGUACAACGGGCCAGAACUUGACGAAGACUUCGACCCGGCGACCUUUCAGGUGCACGCUGAUGCAUGACGGGGCGUGGCCCUUCAUGAGCUGCACCCAGAGCUGUGCUUCCUUGGAAGCACGUGCUGCGAUUGGCGCCACCAGAGAGCGAAUGGGCCUCGGACAGUUAUUAAGUGCCUCGACGAUGGGAGUAGAAAUAUGUGGCCUCUACACAGAGCACAGAGCCGAAUACCUUAAAUAUAUAACCUUCUACGAAGAGAAUGAGAAAACAACGACAAGGCUCUUCAGAUCAAAGUGUUGGAAAAUGCGUCCAAAAAUGCGGAGUACAUAA